GUGGACUUUAUGUAUGCCAAGACAAUCCCAUGCUUGCAGCAUCUCCUGAUGGUUUAUUGAAAGAUGCCAUUGUUGAAAUAAAAUGCCCUACCAAAGCAAAAGCUAAGAACAAUUAUUUAAAAAAAUGGAAUUAUUUCAGAGAAAUGUAAGGCACAGGUUCAAUUACAGAUCGACUGUUUACUACCAAUACCUCCUAUCUACCAAUUUUAUACAAAAUAACAUCUUCACACCGCGUGGUUCGUCUUUCCAAGAUCUAUCGAACAGAAAUUCCCCCUAUCGUAGUAAUAUAUAUAUUUUCGCGCCAUUUUUCAAUUCAAAUAUCUCGUAACUGUCGCACCUGCGUAGCGAGUAAGAAAUACCUCCUAUUCAACAGUUCGUUAUGGUCAAGCGCACGUGUUACUUCGAAGGAGGAUUAAAGCUGUAAUAUCGCGUAUCAUUGCAAAUAUUUUGGAUCCUUUCCAGAGAAUGGCUACUAGAACAGCAAAAAUCAUGGCAAUGGUGGAGAGAGAAGGUGCUGUUUCUAGCUCAGCUAGCGAUGAACAUCAGAACAAUUGGACAAGCACAGUAAACGAACAAGUCUUCAAGCUCACCCGAAUAAGUGCGAUUGACAACGAAAUGGUGUUAGGAAGUAUUUCAAAUCAAGCUGCUAGUUUUGAGAGCCAGGACACUUCCAUUUCGAUGCUUUCAUCUGAUAUUCCUGCAAACAAGCAAUUCCAAAAUACUGGUCAAGAAAGUAUUAACAUACCGCAAUUAAGUUUUGAUGCUGGAGAUCUUCUAAACACCUCGUUAUCUUUGUCCAAUAUGUCUACCAACAUACAAAUAGAAAGUAUCAUUGCAAACUGUGAUCAGUCAAUCCAGAAGAACAAUAAUGAGGAUCCUUUGAUAUUCAUUGUUAAAGAGGACGGACACCUUUCUAUCAUGGAUUGCGAGGAAGACUCUUCUUUAAAUGACAAUGUCCGAGCGGAGAACGAAGCGGCAAAUCGUGAUGGUCCAAGUGGUGAAUCUAAAGCUAAGAGCUUAGAAAACCUGUGCAGUAUAAACAGCAUUGAGCAAUCAGUUGAUAAUAUUUCAGAAAAUUCUGAUUCUGACUAUAUUCCUAGUACAGACAAUGAUAGUGACAAUCCAGGUCUUGUUCAUAGUGAUAAUGAACUAGCCCUAGGAAAUAUGUCUUCGAACGAUGCAGAACAUGGAGAUAUGAACGAAGGACGAAAACGAAAACACAAAUCUGACCAAAACGAAUGGAAGAAGAUAAAAAAUCAAAAGCUUCGUAUGGAAGGGAAACAAUAUUUAGGAUACACUAAACCAAGAAAUCAAACAAUGAAGCAAAAUAAAAUACGAGAGGCCAGAUCUCUGAAACCAGGUUGUUCAUCUUCCCUUUGUCUGAAAUCCAAGAAGAGGAUGUGUGAUAAAUUUACCAGUAUUGACAGAAUGUCUAUAUUCACCAAGUUCUGGUCUGACCUGAAUUGGGACCAAAGGAAGAUGUAUGUGGUUGCUCACGUUACAAGAGUAAACACAAAACGAAAAACAGUCUCUGAGUCUCGAAGAGAAGAAAGUUUGGUCUAUACACUGACCCUAAAUAACACCAAAUAUCAAGUAUGUAGAAAGAUCUUUCUGAACACUCUUGAUCUACGUCCUUUCACUGUCCAAAGCUGGACAAAAAAAGGCGAACAUGGAAUGCUUCCUCAUAAGGAGGCAGAGAAUUCCAAACGUAUGAAAAAAUCUCCGUUUGCAGAAGAUAUAAAUUUUCUCAAGGGAUUCCUCGAGAAGUUGCCAAAAUUGCCUUCCCAUUAUAAUAGAGCAAACUCAACAAAACUCUACCUUGAACCUGUGUUCAGGUCACUGAAACAAGUCUAUGACUUAUACAACGAAAUGUGCCAAAAGGAAGAUAGGAAAUGUCUUUCAAACAAAACAUUUUAUAACCAGUUCAAUGAUAGUAAUCUGUCAUUGUACCAACCGAAGAAGGACCAAUGUGACGUUUGUGUGAGUUAUAGGGUUGGAAACAUCAGCAAUGAAAAAUACACUGAACAUAUAAAAAAGAAAGACCGAGCAAGAUUAGAAAAAGAAACAGAUAAGAAAUUAGCAGAGGAAGGGAAAUGUAUUGUACUGACUAUGGAUCUUCAAGCUGUGAAAGUUUGUCCCAUUGUACAAUCUAGUAUGGUAUUUUUCAAAACUAAAUUGUGCUGUCACAAUUUCACGAUCUAUGACGUUACUAGUCGCAAUGCUACAUGUUACUGGUUCACUGAAUCUGACUGUGAUUUGUCUGCUUCUGCCUUUGUAUCAUGUGUAAUAGAUUACUUGGAAAGACAUUGUUUAACAAAACGUCUUCCAGUCAUAAUUUAUUCCGAUGGGUGUACAUACCAGAAUCGGAACAAUGUCAUGGCGAAUGCAUUACUUAAUUAUGCUGUGCAUAAUAAGAUAAACAUACAACAAAAAUUCCUUGAAAAGGGCCACACACAGAUGGAGUGUGACUCCGUUCACAGCUGCAUCGAGCGCAAGUUGAGAAAUCGAGAUAUCAGUUUACCAAGCGACUAUAUUAAAGCGACCAAGGAAGCUCGGACCAAACCGUACCCAUAUGAAGCAAUUAAACUUGGAUUUGAUUUUUUCAAAGACUACUCAAGACCUUGUUUCCUAAGAUACUGCAGCAUUCGUCCUGGUAGAAAGCCAAAUGAACCAACUGUUACUGACUUGCGUGCCUUGAGUUAUGAUAUGGAAGGGUCUAUCAGUUAUAAGCUUCAGUUGGACGAACAAUGGAGAGAAUUACCUUCAAGGCCUAAAAAACUGUCAAGUGAAGUACCAAUCUACCCUCCCCUGCAUACUUCGAAAAUCUCAAUAAAGAUGUCAAAGUUUCAGCAUUUACAAAUACUGAAACAGGUUCUUCCCGAUGACUGUCAUAACUUUUAUGAUACCUUGCCACACAAAGAUAAUUAGAUAAAAAGAGUUGUGUUUAAGAAUCAUUGUUCUUUACUUUUGCGAGACUUAUAAACAUACAUACAAUAAAAAUAUACUCAAUUGCAAAAUCUCCUAUCUUCAAGAUGAACACCCGUCAAUACAUAGGAGGUAUCAAAAAGUAUGUGAUAAAAUGCGAUUAUCGAUAAGAAUGUGCAAAAUAUCAUAUACAUAGACGUGCUCUGAAGCGCAAUAAGCAAAACUAUUUCCAUCCUCUGACGCAUAACGCACUAUUGUCCCUUAGAAACACAUUUUCAUGUCUCCUGAAUAUUUUCACAUUUUGGAGAUAGAUGCUAUUGGUAGUAAACAGUCGAGAUGCAUGCAACUGGUAUGAAAAAAUGUUAUUUUUGUGUUGCUGAUAGCAACUUUGAAGAAACAAAAAAUGUAGAUAUUAUUCUAGUGAAGUACGAAGAUGAUUAUGUCAACAACUUAAUAAAAAAC